CGAAUCUAAGAAAUCUUUGCCACAACAUUCACCAGAUACUGUAGCCCUCGAACGUACGUAUUUAUUUCGAUUAUGUCUCGUGCUGUUUUAUCAACCCACGUGCUAGACACAUCAACGGGACGACCAGCGUUUGGAGUUUUUGUUGAAUUGUAUAAGCAAAAGGACAAUUCGUGGGCACUGUGGCACAAUACAGCGACCUCGAGUGAUGGCAGAGUUCUUUUCCCAUUCACGAAAGAGUCAAUGGCAGCAGGAACUUAUAAGCUAAAAUUCAAUAUAGAAGAUUAUUAUAAGCAGUUGGAGAAGGAAACAUUAUAUCCCUAUGUGGAGAUUGUAUUCAAAACUGAAGAGGACCAGCACUAUCACAUCCCCUUACUGUUAAGCCCUUACGGAUAUUCCACUUACAGAGGAAGCUAAAAUAAAUAUUAUUUAGAUAUACCUAGUUGCAUAUUUUCAAAAAGGUUGAUCUGAUUUUUAAUAAAACUUGUUUACUUUCUAUUAA